AUGUACAACAUCAUCCGCGCGGUUGGCAAGCUAUCAAAGAAUGAGAUCCCGAACGCCAAGGUCAUUGACGAGAUAUUCGGCUUCAGUACCAAAAUGAUCAUCGACGUUUCCUUGGACUGCCAGAAAAAACACAAAGACUGGAAUUAUAAUCCGUAUACCAAUGGCAAAUUCCCUAAAUCUCAACAAGAUGAAUGUGUUUUCAACGUGCCUGUCUGCGAUUGUCGAGAUGAAGCCCAGCAAAAAUUAAAAUCACCAGUGUUUGUUUUGUAG